GGCUAUCCUCAACAUCACACUCUCUGAGUUGGUCAAAAUAAAGCCAAAUUUUGAAGACAAGUGUUUUUAAGCAAAUGGAAAAUGUGAAGUUUAUUAAAAAUGGAAUAAGCAAAUUGCCUCCUGGUUUUCGUUUUCAGCCAACCGACGAAGAGCUUGUCUUUCAAUACUUAAAAUGUAAAAUCUUGUCCUAUCAAUUGCCUGCUUCAAUCAUUCCUGAGAUCAAUGUUUGCAACUACGAUCCUUCGGAUUUGCCAGGAAAUUAUGGUGAGCAAGAUAGAUAUUACUUCAGCAGCAAGGAAACAAAGUAUCGAAACGGAAAUCGCAUGAAUCGAACAACGAAGUCUGGAUAUUGGAAAGCAACAGGAUCAGAGAAGAAAGUUAUAAGAAUUUCUUCAUCAAUAAGUAAUAAUAAUGUUGGUCUUGCAGGGAUAAGAAAAAGUCUUGUGUUUUAUAAAGGAAAAUCUCCAAAUGGAUCUCGAAGUGAUUGGAUUAUGCAUGAAUAUCGCCUAGUCAAUGUAGAAAGUAACUCAUCCCACCAGAAGUAUGUAAAGGAGAUAGGGGAUUGGGUUGUGUGUCGAAUAUUCAUGAAGAAAAGAAGAAAUGUAGACAAAUACAGUGUUUCAAUCAUGAAUCAGCCAAGAUUCUUUGAUUUUAUGAGGGUACACAACGCUGCUCCGGGGCCUAUGAUUACAUCCUCAUCUUCUUCAACUUCCACUGAGGUUUCUUCAUCUGAUCAAACAAGUGGCUAUAUAUGUUGAUUUUUAAUUUGCAGAUUAAGUUAAGUUAUUUCUGUGAUUUAUGCUAUAUAUAUAUAUAUAUUGAGGAAAAUGGAUCACAUGGCUGAGAAUAUUAACGCUGAUUUGAUUUGCUCUUUUAUAUAUUGGAAUCCCUCUUAAGAUAAGAAAAUGAAUUUUAAAAGUUUUCACAUUAUAAA